AUGGAACUGUAUGGAAAUUUAAAUGCACUGCAUGCCGAUUUCGGCGCUUAUGUUGCCGUUGGAUUCUCGUUGGAUGAACUUAUGGUAAGUAUUUACAGUCUCGAGACGCGCAGAGCUCACAAAGGAAGUACCCCAAGUGCGACGCUCAGAUUUUUUUUAAAUUUUGCACACACGUCCGCACGGCAACCCAGGGAGUCUCCCGCCUCGUUUCGGCGCUUCGCCCACCUAGUAUCGGUUGAAUUCAAACGAAAUGUCAAAAAUGAAUUUUCGUGUGGUUUUCCGACCGAAAAAUAUUUUUCUCGGAAUUAUUUUAUUUCUUUUGUGAAUUUUGACACUUCGUUUGGACGAAAUUCAAAAGUGGGCGGGAGACAUUUUUGUUCUAUUUUGGGUUGCCGUGGUCCGUCAUGAACCAAGUAUCAAUUCCAGAAAGUUUUAGCUCGCGCUUUGCAGGCGCCGCCGAGAUAUUGAACGAUUUUUGCCGCCGAGAGAGUACGAUAAAAGCGGGGAGCGGUCAGAGAAAAAACACUUUUUCGUCAAAACUUUGCUAGUUUAGCACAGAAAAAGUUGAUUUUUUGAGGAAACAUUACUCUCUAUGAUAGAAAUAAGCACGAAAUUUUUCGUGCCGAAAUUCGGAAAAAAGUGUCAAAUUUUUGCCAACUUUCGAUCUAAAAAUCUCAGUUGUUUUUGCAAAGAACGAGCUAGAAUUCUCGUAUAUAUUUUAGAAAGCAUUAUUCUAAAUUUGUGCCAAGUUUCAUCAAAAUCUUGGGGUGGGUACUUCCCCUGUCAGAUCGUAAUGGGGAAAUGCAUAAUUUGUUGGCUUUUAAUGUCACUUUCAAGAUAUAAAAUUUAUUUUAGGGCCAAGACACCGUUACUGAAUGUGCGAGUUUCCAAGGCCGGCCAUUUCAAGGCCGCUUAUCAAGUAAUCCGGGUAAGAGCAACCGAAAGGUUGCUGUUGAUGAAGUAAGUAGUAUAAAUCUUUCAUCCUAAACUUGUUGUUCAACUGAAUAACAAAAUUCCAUUACUUCCAGAUCAGCCACGAUGUAAUGCUGCAAACAAUCUCUUCUCAUUACUCAAACAACACUCUCUACUGCCUAUUAUCACAAUCAAUUUACCCCAUAGCUGGCCUCAAAAACUACUAUGUCAGGCCUUUGGACCAACCUUACUUCAUAUUUCUGGCGUCAGGGCUCACUGAUGGUGAAGGUAAUUAUUUAUCUAUUUGCAAAUAGAGAAAUUUGUUUUAAAAUACGGCUUUUUUCCCUUGAACUUACGUCCUUGCAGCGUCGUAGCUGUCUUUAUGGCCAAAUUGAAAUCCGCACAGGACUUACGCUUCAGAAUUCCGUGGGCUAAAAACCAGGAAUAAACUUUUUUCCGUUUCAAUUUGCACUGAAGUCUGUUCUUUGCUAAAUCUAUUUUUUAAACUUUUUAUAUUUCCUUGAUUUUAGAGCUUGUUGCACACGCAUUGGACGAGCAUCAACCCAAUUUCCCAUACGUCAGUCAGCAUGCCAUUGAUCUGAAGGAGUUCGUUCAGGAGGGUAAUGAAUUCUGCCUAUAGUUUUGUCGCAUAAACAGUGGUUAAUUAACAAGGAAAGUACCUAAAGUGCGACGCUCAGAUUUUCUUUAAAUUUUACACACACUUCGGGCAUAGGCCAAAUAUCAAUUCCUCAAAGUUUUAACUCGCUCUUUCAAGUCGAAGCCGGGAUAUUCAACGAUCUUUGCGGCCGAGAAAUUACGCUAAACGCGGAGAGCGGUCAGAGAAAAAACACUUAUUGGAUAUAUAACUUUGCUAGUUUCGUACGGGAAAAAAUUCAUUUUUUGUGGAAACAUAACCUUUACAGCAGAAAUGAGGAUGCAUAUUUUUGUGCCAAGAUCCGACAAAAAGUCUCAAAUUUUCGUCGACUUUCGACCUAAAAAUCUCGGUGGUUUCUGCAAAGCGCGAGCUAGGAUUCUCCCAUAUAUUUUAGAAAGAAUUAUUCUAAAUUGGUGCCAAGUUUCAUCAAAAUCUGAGCGUCGUACUUGGGGUACUUCCCCUGUCAGUUGGAAUGCGCGUAGUUUGACGGCAUAAAUUGGGCAGUUCUCUCACAAUCAGCCCAUCUACACCAGGAACUGCAGAAUCAACGCAAUGCAAUGGCUUUAUUAAAAGGCAUUUUUUGAGAAAAAUUCUCAACUUGUGAUUCCAAUUGCUUUGUUUUUGAUUUUAUAUCAGCCUGUCGGAAAAUAAUGAGCGCCAAAAAUCUACGCAAAUAAAUAAUUUCAUAAGCAUUCGCUCUGAAUACCAUAAGUUGUCUUAUUAAAAACUUAAUUUUCAGAUCUAGCGCAGCAAUUCAACAGCACCCACCUCAGCAGUUUGAACGUUACUGAUAUUGUCGAUCCCUCGGACGUCUCAAAUCAAACGGCCAAGAGGACAAAGUUGAAUAGAGCCAUGGAUGGCGCUAUUGUGGCUAGGAAUGAUCCGGCCCACAAGGCCGAUGGUGUGCAGCUGAAGACAAAGCAGAGACUGACUACUGCCCAUGGUAAGUCCUAAUAUUACCGGCUUAAAAUACCAUUCGGCUACAGGGAUCUCCAUGUGUGUGGCUUGGCUAAUUCUGGUGCCAGUAGCCGUCCUCAUCGCUCGCUAUGGGCGGAAGAUUUGGGGGCCGGAUAGGAAGUUGUUCAACGUCCCCAUGUGGGUCCAUGUAAGCUUUUUUCCCAAUCAUUAUUUGAUUUGUGUUCAAGAUAUAAUGGGAAUUCUUUUAGUGUCAUCGUUUCUGCAACACGCUUGCAGCCGUGAUUAUGGUACUGUCGACUUUGGCAAUCUUUGCGGCUCAUGGUUGGCGUUGGCAUGGGAUUGACGGGUUUUCGGUGAGGGAAAAACUUCAUUUUCUUUGACCUGAUCCAGUGGCAAAAAAUAUAUUCGGGAAGCAUCAAAAAUGUGGCAAAAUGCUUCCCUGUCCAAGUGAAAAAACUUCGUUUUGAAUGGCGCGCCCUUUCCCUCACAAAAAACACCUUGGAAAUCGGAGCCUUUUCACUUGGAGAAGGAAGCAUUUUGCCACAUUUUAGAUACUUCCCGAAUGCUAAAUGGUACUUUUUUUGCCAUUGGAUAAGGUCCCCCACUGCACUUAUCAAGUUUUGAGGUUAGCAUAUUUGACAACUUUUUUUUAUCUUUCCCUAACUUAUUAGAAUUCAGAAGUCGUUCUUGAAGCCUUUGCUGGUUCUAAACUUAUCACAGUGCUUAACAUUUUUCAGGGAAAUCCCAUGGAACUUCACUCUUUACUCGGCUUUUUGGCCUGUAUAUUUGCAUGGGUUCAAGUGAUCAACUCGAUUUGCCGAUGCAAAGUCGGUACGACCCCAAGAAAAAUUCACAACAUUUUCCAUCGAACGAUCGGAAUCACAGCGCUGAUCUUGGGAUGUAAGUGUAAAAUACGGAUCAGUCGAAGGGCAAACAAAAAUACUUUUAAUUUUUCAACCUUAAAUCUAAAAUUUUUAGUGAUAACCCUUGCUUUGGCCAUAUGGAAUGUCUUCGGGAAGUCGUCGUUGCCUCGGAUCAUCUUUGUCAUCUACCUAGUCGUGGUUGUGGGAAUAAUACUCAUGUUAGAGCCCUUAAAAUGGAAGUUGUAUUGUCAAAAACGCCGUCAACAAGUUCACAUUUCCGAAGAGAAUGAUUAUGGGCGGAAAACAAAACUCACAAACUUUGAGCGGAAAAAACAACUGGGCAAGAAUGCGGCGCAGAAAAAACAGGAUGCCAUGGUGGGUAGCGGCGUAAAUUCUUUGCUAUCAACAUUACCGUAUGAUCUAAGGUCUUCGUAUUUUGCAGGUCCGACGAUUUCAAAUGGUCUCAAUUGCGGCUUGUGCGGUGGUCGCCACAACGAUCACACUCCUCCUCAGCAUUGCGAUUAUAUUCCGGGACAUCUUUUAG